CUAGCACUUACACCGAUCAUUACCAUCACUUUCAACCAUGGCCAUAGCAGAGAAGCCUAUUAUUCUAUAUUACUAUGCGGUUUCUCCCUACUCGCAGAGGGUGCUGUGGUAUCUUGCUUUGAAAGGGAUUAAAUACCAGCAAUGUAUACAACCACGGAUCAUGCCACGGCCAGACGUUCAACGUCUGGGCGUAAAAUACAGACGAAUUCCCAUUCUCACAAUAGGCAGAGACGUCUACUUGGAUACUCGCCUCAUCCUCACAAAACUCAGUGAACUACAGCCGGGGCAGGAAAAUGUCCGUCUCUCAGUCGCAGAGACUCCCGAACAAAGAGCGCUGCAGCACCUCCUUCAAGUCUACAUCAUGGAUGCCGGAUUUUCAAGAAGCAUCGUGCAGCUUGUUCUCUUUAACCACAAGGGACUAAAUGAUCCGGCUUUUGUAAAGGAUCGCGCGGAGUUUAUUGGAAGCACUACGUUUUUCCCGCGGGAGACUCUGGAGGCUAUGAAGCCUGAGGCGAUACGGGUGGUGAGGAAUGGGUUUGAGUUUUUGGAGCGUACGUUGUUGUCUGAUGGGAGAGAGUGGCUUCUUGGGACUAAGGAGCCGAGUAUUGGUGAUAUUGAGGCUGCUUGGCCGUUGUUGUGGUUAGAGAGGGUUUCGGAGACGAUCCCGGAUGAGUGGAUUCCGAAGGAGGCGUAUCCAAAGGUGUUUGCUUGGAUGGAGAGAUUCAAGGAUGUUGUGAAAAAGGCACAGGAAGAGUUGGGUGAGCCAAAAACAUUGACCGGGGAGGAAGCUGCACAGGUGGUGCUGGGGUCAGAGUACCAUGAAGCUGAAGGUCAGGUUAAUGAGGGAGAUGCCCUAGUGCAACACCAGGGGUUGAAGAAGGGACAAUUGGUACAAGUGUGGCCAACGGAUACGGGAGUUAACCAUAAAGAACUGGGAGAGCUGGUUAGUAUUGAUGCAAAGGAGGUGGUCGUCAAGGCAAAGGCGGACGAGGGUGGCUCGGUAAGGGUUCAUGCUCAGAGACAUGGAUUUGCGGUGGCGGCUUAUAAGGAGUAAUCAUUGAGCAUCGACAAUGGUCGAAUAUGGACAUCGCUACUCGGUCAAAGAUGGGAAUUAAUGUGUAAUCCUCACUUUUUAUAAUCCUCUGUAUAUUAUAAUGGAUACCUUGAACUGAUGCCAAGUCACCAAGUCCAAGAGGCAUAGCAUUU